AUGGAGUCCACCGAGCUUCACGUUUACACUGUGAAGAUCGUCCAUGGCUCCAUGUAUCUGCGACAUCAAAGUCUGUUUGUGGUUCUUCGUAGUCACGCAACAUGGUUUCCCUUCCCAAACGUUCCCUACCCAAGCGACUCGGGGCUGUUAGUAUGUCCACACUGGAGAAUAAUAACGCCGAACGAUUGGAGUGACCAGGGAAGGAUGUUGCUACACCGGCUAGCUAGGUGGACUGAGCAUGGAGAGUCAGGAGGGUCUCCUGAACUCUUACAGUGCGGCCACUGCGCGACAGAAUUCCGCAUAGACUUUAAAGACUUGGGGGAAUCUGGGACUGGGGUGUUCUACACGAAGUGGCAGGAUAUCGGGGAGGGAAUGUCAUACUUGGAUCCAAAGUGGCAACAUCACAUCGAUCACAUCGAGCGCGAUGAUGAUUUAAUGUGGGAGGAGGAGAUUUUCGAGCCGGGUUCUCUUUGCGCCGCAUUUGAAGAAGGCAAGGUCUAUGAGUUUGAUUCAAUCUUGACUCCGGAGGUGAAGAAGAAAGGAUUUGCCAAACCUCCAGAUCCAUUGCUGGACGAAUGUAUCUAG